AUGAGCGUAGUUGAUGAUAAUGGUGUUGCUGAUUUCCCAGCAGAUUUGGAAAUUCUCAUAGUUGAUGAAGAUAAAACAUCUCUCCUAGUGUUGGAAACAAUGCUUCGAAAGUUGUUAUACCGAGUUACCAAGUGUCGGAAUGCGAGUGAGGCGCUUGCUUUGCUUCGGCGAAGCAAGUUCAGAUUUGAUAUUGUCAUUUGUGAUUCACAUUUAUCUGACAUUGAUGGACUCGAGCUUGUUGAGAUCAUUGUAUCAGAGAUGGACUUGCCUGUCCAUGUGGUUCGCAAUAAGAAACGUAUCUUUCAAGAAUUCCAGCACCCUGGCAUUGAAAACAUUAACAUUAAUGUUACCGACAGGUUAAGCUUAUUACAACCGUCCAAGGAUGCAGCUGCUGCUAAUCGAACCGUUCCAAAAACGGGUAAAAGAAACCUGCAAUGCGCAAAACGGAGGAGCGGUGAUUCAUCUAAUGACGGUGAAUCCUCUGACGAUGCGAUGACCGGGAUGAAUGGAAAGAAGCCUAGGGUGGUUUGGACACAAGAGCUCCAUGCGCUGUUUGUUUCUGCUGUAAAUCAACUUGGAUCUGGCCAUGACAUUCCAAAGAAAAUUUUGGAGCGUAUGCAAGCUAUGAAUAUUACUUAUCUUACAAGAUCAAACAUUGCCAGCCACCUUCAGAAAUACCGCAUGCAUCUGAAGAGAGAAAAUGCACGAUCUGCUAGUAACAGAGAUCUCAAUGCCUAUCAACAGAUCCAACCCACACCCUCUGCUACAUAUCAACUUCCACAGCAAAAUCUUGCGAAUGCAAAUGUUUUAAGUUCAGUUCCGAGUCAUGUCAACGGAGGGGCCGAUAUGUUCUUCCUCUCUCAGCUGAACUUAAAAUCCUCACAGUAA